AUGUCUUACACAAACGGGCAAGGAGACCUCGGGUACAGCGACGAUGGCGGCAACUCCAGCUCCAACUCAGAAUGGCCUGAUUCACCUUUCAAAUGGGUUCUGGUCCCCAUCUGCAUACUCAUUGUAGCGGCCUUCAUCGUUACUUUCCUUCGAUAUAGGAAGCGGCACAAGCAGAGGAACUCUCGCGGUAUGACUGCUUUGGAACGGGAUUUGGAAGCGAUGGGGCCGAAUCGAGUCAGGCGCACGGGUAGUACAAGGUGGCAGUGGGUCAGUGACGGACAAAGAACUGGCAGAAGAGUUGGCUUGGGGGUUGGAAGCAGAGAGGAAGGGUUGAACGAACUUGGCGAAGCACCCCCGGCAUACGCGCCGCCGCCAAAGAGCUCAGAAGAUGUGGAGCUGCACGAUAUGCCCCCAUCACCAGUGAGCUCUUAUGGUCAUGUCGUACUGCCAUCUUCUACAGGAUCACCGUUCGCCCACGAAGCUACUCCUCCCGCUUACGGGGAGGCACCACCGCAGCAACACGCACCCGGACGAACAAGCAAUACAGCCGAGCCGCAACAACUGUCCGUACCCACGCCUGCGGUGCUGCCCUCGCACUAG